UACCUUCUCUCUUCAAUGAACGAAUCUAUAGAUAUAUCAAAACUGUGGCCAAUUUAUUACGUUGGUAAGAUAUGAUACAAAUAAUGGCAUUCAAGAAGUUAUUUUAUUUUAUUCCCCACUGGAGACAUAUACCGCUGGAAAAUGUUUAUUCGACACUUUUGUGAAAAGUAAAUAAUAAUAUAUUGACUGGGAAAAAUGUAAUGAUAUAUGCACAGAUGGCGCUGAAGAUAUGACAGGUCUUAUCGUCAGAUUAGAAGCAAUAACACCAGUUUACAAAAUUUAACUUUUUGUCUGUUGCCGCGAAUACUGUGGUUGAUAAUAUUCACUUAUGACUUGUUUUGUCAAAUCUAACCGCAAUAUUUUUUGAGCAGCUCGAGUUACUUUGUUUUUGAUUUUUAUCAUUUAAGCGUAUAUAUUAAUCGAUAACAGGCAUAUUUUACUGUGUUAAGAUUGGUAUCUGAAGUUUCUGCGUCAUAAGUAGUUCAAGGAGACGUUGUUUGAACAAUCCAGAUCAUUUUUGCUAUAUAUGCGGAGAAUAUGUGUUUAACGAUUGUAGAAAAGUUAUAUCAGAGUUGGUGAAAAAUACCUAUUUUGAGUAUUUUGGGAUGCCCUUGGAUAAAAAUGAGAAGUCUUGGGCUGCCAGUUGUGUUUGUAAAUCGUGUGUGGAAUAUUUAAGAUUAUGGAAAAGUGGUAAAAGAAAUGCCUAUAAAUUUGAAAAACCGACUAUUUGGCGAGAAGCACGAAAUCAUCUCGAAAACUGUUAUUUUUGUACCGUGAACGUAAACGGUUUAAACACUAAAAAUCGAGCUAAAUGGCAGUACCCAAGUACUAGUUGUGUUCAACGUCCAGUGAAGCGUUCACCUGACUCUUUAGUGCUUAAAAAUAUAUCUGAACCCUUAGAACAAGACAUUGAAGGACCAAGCCCAUCACAAAAUGAUGCUGAUUUUAAAGGUAUGUCAAAUGAGCCAAAAUUCUUUUCCCAAAAUGAGUUAGAUGAUCUUGUAAGAGAUUUAAAUAUUUCUAAGCUAGCUUCAGAAUUGUUAGCAUCAAGACUGAAAGAAAAAAAUUUGCUUUCCUCAGAAACUAAAAUAAGUUUUUAUCGUGAAAGAGAUAAAGAAUUACGGCGUUAUUUUUCCGAAGAAAACGGUAUUACCUUUUGUUCGGAUAUUAAAAACUUGUUAAUAAAAAUGGGCUUGGAACAAUACGAACCAAAAGACUAGCGUUGAUUCAUUGACAGCUCAAAACGCAGCUUAAAAUGUAUUCUAUUGGAAAUACAUAAUGGAAAUAAAUACGCUAAGGUACCUAUUGCCCACAAUACAAAGUUAAAGGAAGAAUAUUGUAACAUUUCGCUAGUCUUGAAGAAAAUAAAAAACAGUGACCAUAAGUGGCAAAUUUGUGUCGAUUUAAAAAUGGUGAACAUUCUUCUCGGUCCACAAAGUGGUUACACUAAGUUUCCCUGUUUUAUGUCAUUGGGACAGUAGAGCUAAACAGGAACAUUGGGUAAGAAGAAAUUGGCCUUUGAGAGAAAAUAUGAAGCCUGAAAAGCAAAAUAUAGUCCAGAAUUCAUUAGUAGCUCGUGACAAAAUUAUUCUUCCGCCAGUACAUAUAAAACUGGGCAUCAUGAAACAGUUUGUUAAAUCACUAGAUAAAGACGGAAACUGCUUUUCUUACAUUUGCCGGUAUUUUUGAUGGCCCCCAAAUUAGACAACUUACGAAAGAUACUCAAUUUAUAAAUUCUAUGACUAAGUUAGAACUAAAGGCUUGGACAGCUUUCGUUUCUGUGAUGCAGAAUUUUUUCGGAAAUAAAAAAUCUGCUAAUUACAUUGAACUUGUAGAAGACCGUCUGCUACAAUUAAAAAAUAUGGGGUGCAUUAUGAACAUAAAACUUCACUUCCUCCAGUCACCUGGACAGGUUUCCGGAAAAUUUAUGAGAUAUGAGCGAAGAGCAGGGAGAGCGUAUGCAUCAAGACUUACGCGUCAUGGAAGAGCGCUAUCAGGGUGUUUGGGACACGAAUAAUAUGUCCCACUGUUGUUGGUCUCUGAUACGUCAUUUUCCAAAGUCUACAUAUAAGAGAAGAGCUUUAAAAUGAAGUUUUUUAGAACUCAUUGAUUAAUUAUUUUUUUAGUAAAGUUUUUCUUAGUAAAUACAUGUUUUUUUCUGUUUUAUACCUACAUGGCUGAAGCUCAGAAACUAGAGCUGAUAUGUAGUCAGCAACAGCUAAAAUUUGGCAACAGAUGUACUGUAAACUAGUGUAAUGCCUAAUGCUACAUGGAGACAUUGUUUUUUACAUGGAGAAGCUCUUACAUCAAAGCUUUACCUCCUGAGAUGGACUGUGUUAUGAAAACCAUGAUUAAAGUUAUAAAUUACAUUAAAGGAAACGUGUUGCAGACCCGUAUUUUUCGAAAAAUCUGCGAAGACAUGGGUGCUUUAUUUGAAAAUCUUCUUUAUCACACCGAUGUAAGGAGGCUCGAUUCAUUUUAUUGCUUUCAGGAAAUUAUGGAAGAUGUAUCCAAUUACAGUGAUACACAUUUUGAACAAGUUUUUUUGCAGGUAUUCAAGUUACUUUGCUCAAUUUAAAACAACAGCUCUGUGAUUAUUUCUCAGAAGAAAUUAAAAACAGUUACGACAGUUGCAGAUGGAUACUAAAUCCGGUUUUAGCAUAUUCCUUUCAACAUGUUGAAAUACCAAUAAACAUAAAAGAAAAACCUAAUUAAAUAUCAAGUGACGGAAUGUUGAAGCUCCAAUUGUUUUCCCAGAACCCGGACGGAUUUUGGACCAAAAGGAUGCAGGUAUACCCUUAGGUGGCGAGUGAAGCUGCAAAAUGUUUGGUUACAUUUGUAACAUUGUAUUUAUGUAAGCUAAGUUUCUCGUCUAUGACUGUCAUUAAAACAGAAAUGAGAAAUAGUCUCUUACUUAAAAACAAUAUAAUUUUGUGUGUCUCAAACACAUAUUAGAUUUAAAAGACUAGUUUCAAAAAAACAGGUGCAUGGGACUCAUUAAAAUUAUUAUAUUACUCUUUAUUUUUCUCUUAUAUUUUCACGAACUAAUUAAUACUUAGUUUUAUGUUUCGAUUGAUAAUAAAUUUUCAAUUUUUAUUAUAUGAUUUAACAAAGUUGUGUUUUUGUCUUAUUUUGGAAAUUUUCGGCGAUCCCACUAGUACCUCAUUGCGACCCCCUAGGGGGUCACGACCCACACUUUGGGAAAGACUAUUAAACUAUUUAAUUUGUUUAACCAAUCCUAUCUCAAAUGUUAGUUUAAAGCAAGCUCCCCAUUGUGCUGCCGUUUACUUAGUAAACAUGUAUCUUCAUCCUUUCACACCUCCCAACUACAAAUCAUCUAUUAUUUCCUUGACAGCACAUUAUUGGGGAUGUUAUUCGGUGCUACUGGUACUUGCAUG